CAGAAACUAUUGUAAAGACAUUCAUCGCGAGUAAGAAGAGGUGAAUAAAAGUCAUUUUAGUUUCUAUUGUAAACUUCAUUCGCGAUAAUUGACGGAAGAGUGGCUUCCCUUAAGCGCAGAGCAAUGGGGAGGAAAAAGAUUCAAAUCUCUCGCAUCACUGAUGAAAGAAAUCGACAGGUCACAUUCACUAAAAGAAAGUUUGGUUUAAUGAAGAAGGCGUACGAAUUAAGUGUUUUGUGUGACUGCGAAAUAGCAUUAAUAAUCUUCAACAGCACUAAUAAGCUAUUCCAGUACGCGAGCACCGACAUGGAUAAGGUGCUGCUCAAGUACACCGAGUACAAUGAACCCCAUGAAAGUAGGACUAACAGCGACAUUGUUGAGGCGCUCAACAAGAAGGAGCACAAGGGAUCCUCCAAUGGCUGCGACAGUCCAGAGCCCGACGACUCUCAAUACACUUUGACUCCGAGAACUGAAGCCAAAUAUAAUAAAAUCAAUGAAGAGUUUGAACUCAUGAUGCAGAGGAAUGCCGCACACAUUAAUGGCAACCGAUCGACACCGACAUCAGGAAUGAAUCAAUCUUCAGGAAUAUCUCCCAUUCCCGUGACUUUACCCCUAAACUCUUCGCCAUACGGGCCUCAGGAUUCUAGUCUAUUGCAAAGCACUCAACUCUCACCUCAUUCUUCGUGUGUCAGUCCCCGACCCAGUUCUUCAAACGCAAUGUUAGACAUGACAAACCCGACCACAAAUGGUUAUCAUCGGUCCUGUUCUCCAUCAGCGAUGUCGGGAAGCAAUUCUCCAAACCUGGUGUCCGUCAAACAGGCGCAGGUCGUCAAGAACUCAACACCUAAUGGCACGUCUAAUCCCAAUCGAGGAAUGCGUGUCGUUAUGUCUAAUUCACACAAUAAUUUAACAUCACGAAAUGGCGUCUUAGGAAACACAGCAAUCUCUGUGACCACUUCUAUCCCCGGUAUGCCUGGAUAUCCGUCCUCUUUAGGCUCGUUUGGUCCGAGUAUGUAA